AUGCCUACCGGCAUCGAAUGUGCUGGCCUUGCCUUGGCUGUCCUUCCCUUGUUUAUCGAGGUUGCCAAAGCCUAUUCGGACGGUGUUGAAACCAUCUUCAACAUAGUUAUCAAGAGUAGAUGGGAAGAACGCCUGGAGACCUUCUACCUGGACUUUUAUAUACAGUUAUUUUACGUCGAAGAAGUUAUGCAGAGGGUUCGAGAUGUCAUUUCAGCCAGUACUAACACCAUCCAGUUGAUCUCAGACUGGUACAACGACCCAAAGUUCGAAGUUACACUGAAGGGAUACUUCCGUUCGGAUGAGAGGUUUCACAUAUUCACUGUAAUAUGCAAGAAGGUCCUGUUUUUAUUAGGUCAACUGGUCAAGGAUGAAACCAAUCGGAUAUACCAGACAGAUCAGAAAUCACAAGUCAUGUUUCAGAAACUAAAGACGUUCGCAAACGCAAGAGAAUCACGUACAACUAGGAGCACUUUCGCCAACAGGUUCUCAUUCUUCAAACAUGAGAAGAAACGCACAGAAUGCCUUGCAAGACUCAAAGAUGUGAGUAGUCAAAACAAUUUGAAGACCUUGGAUACACUAUGCGACGCUUUCUCUCCGGAUCUUGACGGUUUUAGCAUUGCGUUCAUAGUGGAGGCUUCACAAGGCCAGGACCUUAUGAGACGCCUUCAAUGCAAGCCCCGGCGAUUGCACUUCUUUGAACUGUCACCACCUAUCUCUUUGGGGGAGCUCCUCGAAGGACCCACAAAGCUCGACCCCAUAGAGAAACGGAGACUUGCUCUCAUCUUUGCAGAGUCUCUCCUUUUAUACCAUGGUAGUGACUGGUUGCAACCUGGAUGGGUGAAAGACGAUAUCUACUUCUUUUUCAAGACCGAAGAUGAACCAGAUCUUAAGACGCCAUUCCUCUCCGCCCGUCUCAAUGUCCCAGGAUCAGGUCAAUUCCUUGCAGGAAGUAUGGCUUAUCAUACCAACCCGAGCAUCCUAGCUUUGGGGGUUUUACUAAUAGAGAUAUUCAACGAGAGAGCAAUCGAGAAAUGGAAGACAGCCAAGGAACGAUCCAAUUCUAACACGGCAACUUUGCAGAUAGUUGCUGACAGAAUUGUCAACAAGAUGGAUAGUUCUGGUUCGACGAAAGCUAUUCAGGCAUGCUUGUCUUUGGACUGGAUCCCGGUCGGUAGAUCAGCAGGGCUUGAUGAUGCAGAGACAAGGACAGGAUUUUUGAAGAAUGUGAUCUGGCCAAUCAAGCAGGAACUUCAGUGCUUGAGUAAAAACAAGAUCUUUUAG